GAGUCUGCGUCUGUGUUUAACACCUCUAGCAGACUUGAUCUGCUGCUGGCUUUUGCUUUGCCUUUGCUUGGGCUGUCCUUGUGUACAAACAGAAAGAAAUGCCUGUAGUGAAGUCGUUUUACAGUCUUUUCCAUAUCAGUUGUAAAGUCUAGUCUCGCCACAUUUGUGAAAAUGAAAGUAAUUUAGGAUUCGGUGUUUUGGACUGAUUCAUUGAAUUGUUGUUGGAGAAGGUUGGAGGCCUCCGAAGAGGUCGCGUAUUUUAUCUACUUAUUUUAAGGUACUAAGUCCUUAGAUGAAGAUGGGUAGGAGUCUUAAUAAAGAUUCUGAGGCCUCGGCAGUUUCUCUCCCAGAAAGAAGAAGUUUAAGACAUUCUAAACCAGCCGAAGAUGACAUCAAAACCAAAUCAACUGUCAAGGGAAGAAAGUCAUUUGGAAAGAAAAAAGAAGAGAAGGUUAUGAAAAAAUCUGAUGAACGAGUUGAGAAGAAAACUGAUGAAGAAAGUGGUGAAGAUGAGAAGAACCAAACAACCAGUGAUGCUGAUGGUGAAACAUCAAGUACUAAACCAACAGCCAGGAGAAGUGGCCGAAAGAGACAGUUAAGUGAAGAGGCUGAUCCUGAAGAUGAUGAUACUGAAAAAGAAGAUGAAAAGAAUGAUGACCCAAAAGCUGAUGGUAGUAAAGAUGAAAACUUAGAUGAAACAAUGGAUGAAAAUAUGGACGAAAACAUAGAUGAAAACAUGGAUGAAAAGAAGAGUGAAAACAAGGAUGAAAACAAUGAAGAAAACAAAGAUAAAAAUAAAGGUGAUAAAGAAGAAAAAAAUGAAGCUAAAGGUACAUCUAAACUUAAAAAUGGACAGGAAGGAGGUUCAUCCAAAAGUAAAGCCAAGAAGAAAAGAAAACCACCAACAAAGAAAAAGAAAGAGGUACAAGAUGAAUCAGAAAUGUGGACUCCUUUGGAACCUUUGGAUGGUGAUGAAAGAAAAGAAACCCAGAAAAAGACACAAGGUAAGAGUGACAGGAGAAAACAAGCUUUAAUUGAGAGGCAAGCUCCUGCUGAACCUAUGCUCCAGAAGCAACUUCCUCGCCAACGCCGUAAUAGUGACACAAGUGAAUGUGAAGUUUUGGCUAGUGUGCCCCGUACUCACAGGAGAUCCAAAACUAUAGUUACUGUGGAUAUCGAUGAUGAAGCGUCAGAGACUGGCAGUAUUCAAAUUGUUGCUGAACCAGACGUGAGUUACGUGUUUGACUUCAAACGAUUAUUAAUCCAGUACCGCAAUGUAAAUUUGCCAUCUUCUCUUUGGGGCGCACACAAAGAUCCCAGGAACAACUUUAUUAGUUUUACUCGUUUUAACCCGGACUAUCCAGAUAUAAAUGGUUUGAUGGUGGACAGAGCUGUUGUUUUCAGAGGUUCACUCAAUCAUGAAGUUUUUGUAAAUGGUGAAAAAACAGAACCGCCUGCAAUGUUCAAUGCUGCUGCAGAAACUCUCUUGGAGAUUGCUCAGAUUAUUCAAUUUGUCAAUAAUACAAUAUCCCCUCCUAUUAGCCAACAAUCUAAUGAACCAUCUGAUGUUACAUGUUCAGGCUAAAACAAUACCAUACAAAAACAAAGAACAAUGGCUGAAGAAAAGAAUCAGCCCUUCAGGAGUCUGUCUACUGGUUAUUAUCUUCUCAGAUUUUAAUGUUUUAUAACUGUUUUUGGACAAUAGCAAAACCUUAAAUACUGCUGGCAUUUACUUCUUUCUUUUUUAUGUACUAGCACAUAUGUUGUGCACUGGAGAAUCCCAAACAUAGUUUUAGUUUGUUGGCAUUGUUUUGUUUUUUCUUAUCUACUGGUUGUGUGAGUUGUUAGAGGAUGUAUAUUUGCUUUGCAUGUUGAUUACCUAUCUAUAAGAGGGAAAAUGAGGCAGCAAGCUAAGAUUGAAUGUAAAGCUGUCAUGAACUUCAUUAAAAUUUCAUUAAUUGUU